CUGCACUAUGGGACCCUGCUGGGCAGCAGAGCUUGUGCCACCAUGGCAGCAGCUGCCUGGGGCUCUGGGCUUCUCUAUUCCCUGCUGCACACUGCCAAUACAUUCUCACUGCCUCUGUGCCAAGGCAAUGCUGUGGAUCAGUUCUUCUGUGAAAUCCCCCACAUCCUCAAGCUCUCCUGCUCAAAAUCGUAUCUCAGGGAAGUUGGGCUUAGUGUGAUUAGUGCCCUUGUUUUACUUGGGUGUUUUGCUUUCAUUCUCUUCUCCUAUGUGCAGAUCUUCAGGGCCGUGCUGAGGAUGCCCUCUGAGCAGGGACGGCACAAAACUUUCUCCACGUGCCUCCCUCACCUGGCUGUGGUCUCCCUGUUUCUCAGCACUGUCGUGUUUGCUCACCUGAAGCCCUUCUCCAUUUCCUCCCCAUCCCUGGACCUGGUGGUGGCACUUCUCUACUCAGUGGUUCCUCCAACACUGAACCCUAUUAUCUACAGCAUGAGGAACCCGGACAUCAAACUUGCCCUCCGCAAAGUGUUGCAGUAUGCACUAUUGCAGCUUCAAUAA